AUGCGGGCCUCUACUUUGAGUUUAAGGCGCUUCCCUCUUUCUUCUUCUUCUUCUUCUUCUUCCAAUCUUGGGUAUCGCUAUCGCUAUCGCACCAACCAUUCUGAACCCUUGAAAGCUCCAUUACCGUUUCUGAGAAAAUCCUAUUGCGACGACUCUCUGCUCCUCCACUAUCUAUCGAGUGGGUGGCAUCACGAAGCACGAAACCUCCUUCAGAAAUGUUCAGGAAGAGACCUCCACGCCCGCGUUGUUCGCUGGACCUCGUUGCUCACCAACUUCUGCAAGAAGGGUUACGUCGACGAAGCUCGAAUGCUGUUCGACAUAAUGCCUCACAGAAACAUCGUCACUUGCAAUGCAAUGUUGUCUGGGUAUCUGCAAUCCGGGAUGCUCAGCGAGGCUUGUCGGUUUUUCGAGAACAUGCCCGAAAGGAACGUUGUUUCUUGGACCGCAAUGCUUUGUGGGUUUGCUGAUGUGGGGAGGAUUGAAGAUGCAAGGAAGCUGUUUGAUGUAAUGCCGGACAAGAAUGUUGUUUCAUGGAAUUCGAUGGUGGCUGGUUUUAUUAGGAAUGGGGAUUUGGAAGGAGCAAAGAUGGUUUUUGAACAGACUCCUAAUAAAAAUGUGGUUUCUUGGAAUGCCAUGAUUGCGGGUUACGCUGAAAGUGGUAGAAUGGAUGAAGCUAAAGCUUUGUUUGACCAGAUGGACCAAUGUAAGAAUGUAAUUACUUGGACUAGUAUGAUAUCUGGUUAUUGUCGUGCAGGCAAUGUGGACGAGGGUUAUUGUUUGUUCAGGACUAUGCCGGAGAAAAAUGUUGUUUCUUGGACAGCCAUGAUUGGUGGGUUCGCCUGGAAUGGCUUGUAUGAAGAGGCAUUGAUGCUUUUUCUUCAUAUGAGACUUUCUGAUGCUAAACCAAAUGGGGAGACUUUUAUUUCUCUUGCCUAUGCAUGUGCUGGUUUGUGUUUUCCUUGUCUUGGUAAGCAGUUACAUGCUCAGCUAAUUGUUAACAGCUGGAAGCUUGAUGAUUAUGAUGGUAGGUUACGUAGAAGUCUUGUUAGGAUGUACUCUGUGUUUGGUCUUAUGGACUCUGCGCACAAUGUGUUUGAAGGUGAUCUGAAAAACUGUGAUGAUCAGUCUUUCAAUUCUAUGAUCAAUGGUUAUAUUCAGGCUGGUCAGUUGGAAAAGGCUCAAGAGUUGUUUGACAUGGUACCCAUUCGGAACAGAAUUGCAUGGACUUGCAUGAUUGCUGGCUAUCUUAGUGCGGGGCAAGUGUUAAGGGCAUGCAAUCUAUUUAAUAACAUGCCUGAUAGGGAUUCCAUUGCAUGGACUUCAAUGAUUUAUGGGUAUGUCCAAAAUGAGCUGAUUGCUGAAGCUAUCAGCUUAUUUGCUGAAAUGAUGGCUGAUGGCGUUUCACCUAUAAAUUCUACGUAUGCUGUUGUUUUUGGAGCCAUGGGUUCGGUUGCAUAUCUUGAUCUGGGGCGGCAAUUACAUGGUAUGCAGUUGAAGACAAUACAUGAAUAUGACUUGAUUCUUGAGAACUCCCUAAUUUCAAUGUAUGCAAAAUGUGGGGAGAUAGACGAUGCAUAUAGGAUAUUCUCUAACAUGACUUAUCGGGACAAAAUUUCUUGGAACUCCAUGAUCAUGGGCCUUUCAGAUAACGGGAGGGCCAACGAAGCUAUAAAGGUGUUCGAAACCAUGCUUGAAUCUGGAAUUUACCCAAAUACUGUUACUUUCUUAGGUAUCCUGACGGCAUGUGCUCAUGCGGGUCUUGUUGAUAAAGGGUGGGAGUUAUUUAUUGCCAUGGUUAAUGUUUAUGCACUUCAACCUGGCCUGGAGCAUUAUAUUAGUAUUAUCAAUCUUCUGGGCCGUGCAGGAAGGGUGAAGGAUGCAGAGGAGUUUGUCUUGAGGCUACCUGUUGAACCAAAUUAUGCCAUUUGGGGGGCAUUGGUUGGGAUAUGUGGCUUGAGUAAAACAGAUGCAGAUGUUGCUAGGCGUGCUGCCAAACGACUGCUUGAGUUGGAUCCUUUAAAUGCACCAGGCUAUGUGGCCCUUUGUAACAUAUAUGCUGCAAAUAAUAGGCACAUUGAGGAGACAAGUUUAAGAAAAGAAAUGAGGGUGAAAGGUGUGAGGAAGGCACCCGGCUGUAGUUGGAUAUUGGUGAAGGGUAGAGUUCAUGUUUUCUCAUCAGGAGAUAGAUUAGUACCACAAGUAGAAGAUAUGUUGCUGCAAAUUUCAGGUAGAAAAUGAGGUCGGAAAGAGUGAAGAAGACACCUGGAGAUAAGAGUUCAUAUUUUUUUGGACGGAUGAUAAAUUACAUCGGCGAGUUGAAGAGAUGUUAUUGCUAUUUUUAACACCAAACAUCUCUUCAAAGCCUUUUCUUUCCUCCCAUUUUCUCCUUUCUCUUCCAU